UCCUCCCGGGCUUCCAUGGGUUCUGUAUAAAGGUCCGCGAAGUGGGUCUGACAGCACACCGGCAGCCCAGCUCCCCGCAGCCCCAUGGCCCGCGCUGCUGCCCAGAGCCCCGCCAGGAUGAUGGCCCUGCUGCUGCUGCUGCUGAAGCACAGUGCGCUCUGGAGGGGACACGAGGCUGCGCCCCUGGACCCCGCCAGCCCCCCGUCCCUGCCCCUGCCCCGCAGCUUCGUGCUCAAGUGCCUGGAGCAGGCGCGGAGGGCCCAGGCUGAGGCUGUGGCCAUGCAGGAGAAGCUGUGUGCCAUGCACAAGCUGUGCCACCCCGAGGAGCUGGCACUGCUGGGCCAUUCUCUGGGCAUCCCGUGGGCUCACCUGAGGAGCUGCUCCAGCCAGGACCUGCAACUGGCCAGCUGCCUGCGCCAGCUCCAGGCCGGGCUCCUCCUGUACCAGGGCCUCCUGCAGGCGCUGGCAGGAGUCUCCCCUGAGCUGUCCCCCACCGUGGACACACUGCAGCUGGAUGUCGCUGACUUUGCCACCACCGUCUGGCAGCAGAUGGAAGAACUGGGGGUGGCCCCGGCCACACAGCCUAUGCAGGGCAUCAUGCCCACCUUCACUUCGGCCUUCCAGCGCCAGGCAGGAGGGGUGCUCGUGGCCUCGCACCUGCAGAGCUUCCUGGAGCUGGCCUACCGCACGCUGCGCUACCUCACAGGGCCCUGAGCGCAGCUCCCUGCCGGAAUAUUUAUCUCUAUUUAAUAUUUAUGCUUAUUUAACCCUCAUAUUUAAACCCAGGGAGGAGAAAAUACAGCCCCAGACUCUGGGUGCUUCCCUCGGUCUUGGGUUCUUCUCCUGCCUGUAGCAGUGAGAGCUCAGUUCUCCCGUCCUGGUCCCAGACCGGGAGGAGAUAGGUAAAUACCAAGUAUUUAUUCCCGCGCCCAGCCCUCUCUGCGCGGGGCACCGGGGACCACCCCCGUCUGUGCCUUGCACCGGGCCCAGGCGCAUCAGGAGGUCUCCCGCGUGGGAGAUGACAUCCCUGUUUAAUAUUUAAACAGCACUCUUCCCAGCUCCCCAGCUGGGUCCCUCCCCCGCCCCGCCCCACCCCAGGCACGAGGGCCUGGCGCAGGGACGGGAGGGCUCGCAGGCGGCCCUGGGAUUCAGCUUUCUUUCUGUGGUUUCUGGUCGGGCCUGGACUCCAGCACCAGCGGGUGCCUGCCCCGGCACCCACUAAGGUGGGGUUCUCCAGGGCCUGGAUGGGACUGGAAAGACGAGGGGUGCGAGGGAGCCCCACCCCACUUUCUCAUUGUAACCAAGUUUGAGGACAAUAAAGUUGAUCGCUCCUGAGA